UGCAAGUAUGGGCUAAGACGGUAGGUGGCAGGUGCCGGCCAUCUCCUUCCAAUGGUCUGUCUAGUAUGAAAAAGAAUAAAAGCCUUUCACUAUGGAUCUUCCAUUAAGCGAGGGAAGAUGAUGAAGAAAACAGUCGCUUCCUUCUUUAGGAUUCACUUGGAAGGAAGCUAGAAGGAUGCCCGAAUCUUUGAGAAGCUUUUAUUCGUUACCCGCGAGCUUGGCUCUGCUAUCUUCUGCCUUCAUUCUCUGCUACAUCUUACUCACAUCUGAUUUCCACCACCGCCAUCUUCCCGACAAUUCUCUAAUUCUCGAAAAAACAGCUGAGUAUUUGAGAGUUAACCACCGUGAGAGCCCAUUGCCUCUUGGAAGCCCUCUGAAUGCGACGAAGCAGACAGUGCUCGCCCCUUCUGUGCCAUUGCUGGGCUUUGACGGCAGCAAUAAGCAACCAGUGGCCGCGAUGGAAUGGAUUGUUAAGCACAAACUUCAGAAAAGCACAAAAGGAAAUGACAUAGGUAACAAUGUCUUCCACAACAAAAAGUUAUUUCUGGAAGAUUAUAUGGAAAUGAAAGAAAGAUUUAGAAUUUACGUUUAUCCCCAUAAGGAGGAUGAUCCCUUCGCCAAUGUACUUUUGCCCGUGAAGUUCGAACCCUAUGGAAAUUAUGCCAGUGAAAGCUAUUUUAAGAAGCUUCUGACGCGGAGCCAUUUUAUAACAAAGGAUCCUGCUGAGGCAGACCUUUUCUUCUUACCAUUUUCGAUUGCAAGGUUGAGGCAUGAUCCUAGAGUAGAUGUCCAGGGAAUUCCAGAUUUUGUCAGGAGUUACAUCUCCUACAUCAGACGGUCAUAUCCUUACUGGAACAGAACUGAUGGUACUGACCACUUUUAUGUGGCUUGUCAUUCUACUGGAAGAUCGGCUAUGGAGAAAGCAGGUGAAGUGAAAUUCAAUGUAAUUCAGGUUGUAUGUUCUUCAAGCUACUACCUAACUGGAUAUUUACCCCACAAAGAUGUGUCCCUGCCACAAAUUUGGCCAAGACAUGGAAAUCUUCCUCAGACCACUUCAUUGCAGAGAAAAAGACUGGCUUUCUUUGCUGGUGCGAUCAAUUCUCCAGUUCGUCAAAAGCUUAUCCAGGAAUGGGGAAAUGACACUGAAGUAGCAGUCCACUCUGGUCGAAUCAGUUCAUCUUACGCAGACGCAUUGCUGCAGAGCAAAUUCUGCUUGCACGUCAAGGGGUUUGAAGUAAACACUGCAAGAAUUGCGGAUGCAAUCUUUCAUGGGUGUGUGCCUUUGCUCAUUUCUAAUCACUAUGAUCUUCCAUUUGCUGACAUUCUCGAGUGGAGAAGCUUCUCUAUGAUUGUCACGACAUUAGACAUCCCAUUGUUGAAAGAAGUUCUGCACGAAGUAAGUCCUGAUGAGUACGAGAGGUUGCAGAGGAAUGUAUGUAGAGUUCGAAAGCAUUUUCAAUGGCAUGCGGAACCUGUUGAUUAUGACGCUUUUUACAUGGUCAUGUAUGAAUUAUGGCUACGAAGAAGUGUCACUAGAGUUGUUUGAGGAGUAAACUGAGAGGUGUAAAAAUGGUAUGCUUAACAAGAUUUUGUUUGUGAUGAGCAACUGCAUAUUCUUCAGGUUUCAGUGUUGUGACAACCCAUCUUCCUUGCCAUAAUCUACAAACUUUCAUGUAUUAAACUACUUUAGUCGCC